AUGAUAUGGGCCAAGGAAAUCAUUCUUGGCGGCCAACCCUCAAGGAAGGACUGGGGUUUGGCAGGACAAAAGGAUGAGGUUAUAUUUUCAACAGCAUCAAGGAGGUUAACAUGCUCUCAGGGCAAAGUGAUCAUACAGAUGCUGUCAGAGAUCAAGGAGGAGAUACGAAAACAAUCGAAGCAGCUAACUGAAAGUAAGGAAGACAUUAGUAAAUUGUGCAAACAGUUGGACAAGCUUACUAAAAGUCGCAAUGAUCAAACCCGAAAGUUGGAGAAGCUUACUGAAAGCCACAAUGAUCUAUGCAAACAAUUGAAGCUUCAUACUAACAGCACAAGUGGUGAUGGUUCUCAUGCUCCAAGAUCACAACCGAGUCAAAUCAAGUCACCAAGCUACCGAUUGGUAUUCAGAUCUCAGGUGGCUGAGAAAAUUGAAAAGGGGCAAUCCAUAGAGAUAAGUGUUGCUCUAGUUGAUAGUAAUAGUGAUCAAACUGUGGAAAAUGGACCCCUUGCUUCUGCAACAGUUGAGUUGGUUGUCAUUAAUGCAGAGUUCAAUCAACAUGAUAACCAAUACAAUUGGUCCAGAGAGGAUUUUGAGAGCAACGUAAAGAAAUCACGACAAGGAAAUCCUACAAUGGGAGAUGCGGAUCAGCCAGUAAAAUCAAUAGUGAGUAACGGCCGAUUUAACCUUGUUCAUGGAGCUAAACUUCACAGUGGUUCUACAAUAUUUAGUAACUCCAGUAACAAGAAGGUUAGGCUUGGGGUGAUGGUAGUGUUGCCAACAGAAGAACGAGUUCUAGAAGGAUUAUCAAAUCCUUUCUAUGUGCGGGGCCAUGACAGGCCAGCAAGACAAAGCAACUUGCGCCAUAACAGGUCAAACAGACAAAGACAGGAUAUAACUGGAGGGCAAUCCCAGGUUCCAUUUCUAGGAAAGACGACUAUGCUUUCUACAGAACUACCUACCAGUCAAGAACAACAGGCUCUGAUACUGCAAUACCAAGUUCCUCAUCUGCCAAUGUUGGUCCAAACUAUGAACAGCCAAACCGGUACCUCACUUCUUUUCAAGCGAACAGGGUGA